UAGCAGUACCUCAAAACCCUCUCCCCAAUACUCGCUCUUCGCGUCUUCUCCGUCUCAUCAUUCCCUAUUCGCCAAUGUCAGGCGGCUUCGCCGGAUACUCCACCUCCGGUGCCCGGCCCGGUGUCCGUGUCGUAGUCGCCGGCGAUCGCGGCACCGGAAAGUCGAGCUUGAUCGUCACCGCUGCUUCGGAAUCGUUCCCCGAGAACGUCCCUCCCGUGCUCCCUCCGACUCGGCUUCCCGCCGAUUUCUUCCCCGAUUUCGUUCCGGUCACCAUCAUCGACACCUCUUCCAGCUCGGAGAGUAGAGGUAGGCGCAAUGAAGAGUUGAAGCGAGCUGAUGCUGUGGUGUUAACAUAUGCUUGUGAUCAACCGGUCACGCUUACUCGUAUUCGUACUUACUGGCUUCCUGAACUUCGUCAGUUAGAGGUUAAGGUGCCGGUUAUUGUAGUUGGUUGCAAGUUGGAUUUACGGGAUGAGCGUGACACAGCAACCAUAGAGCAGGUUAUGACACCAAUUAUGCUACAGUUCAGGGAAAUAGAAACUUGUAUAGAAUGCUCUGCAGCUACACUGAUUCAGGUCCCUGAAGUUUUCUAUUAUGCUCAAAAAGCAGUACUUCACCCAACAGCCCCGUUGUUUGAUCAAGAAAGACAAACGUUGCAACCAAAAUGCAUUAGUGCAUUAAGGAGGAUAUUUAUCCUUUGUGAUCGUGACAUGGAUGGUGCCCUCAAUGAUGAAGAGCUGAAUGAAUUUCAGGUUAAAUGUUUCAAUGCUCCAUUACAACCUGCUGAAAUUGUGGGCGUUAAAAGGGUUGUACAAGAGAAAUUACCAGAUGGAGUCAAUGAGCUUGGUCUUACUCUUACAGGGUUCCUUUUUCUACAUGCUCUUUUCAUAGAAAAAGGGCGCCUUGAGACAACUUGGGCUGUCCUCAGGAAAUUUGGAUACAACAAUGAUUUAAAACUCAGAGAUGAUUUUCUUCCUGUUCCAUCUAAGCGUUAUCCUGAUCAGACCAUGGAGCUGACAAGUGAAGCCGUGGAGUUUCUCAGGGGAAUCUUCCGACUAUUUGACACUGACAAUGAUGGAGCGCUGCAACCUUAUGAGCUUGAUGGACUCUUUUCUACUGCUCCAGAAAGACCUUGGAAUGAGGCUCCUUACGAGGAUGCUGCAGAGAGAACCGCUCUGGGUAAUUUAUCUCUUAAUGGUUUUCUAUCUGAGUGGGACCUUAUGACGUUACUAGAUCCAUUCCGUAGUUUGGCCAAUCUGGUAUACAUUGGAUACAAUGGUGAUCCUGCAUCUGCACUCCGUGUUACUAGAAGAAGAACAAUAGAUCGUAAGAAGCAAAGAACAGAAAGAAGCGUUUUCCAGUGCUUUGUUUUUGGUCCAAAAAAUGCUGGCAAAUCUACUCUUUUGGAUUCUUUGUUAGGAAGGCCUUUCAAGUCGAGUUAUCUUACUUCAACUACAAGUGAGCGUUUUGCAGUAAAUGUUGUUAACCAGGUUGGGGGUAAUAAGAAGACUCUUAUAUUGAGGGAGAUACCAGAAGAUGGAUUCAAAAAAUUUCUCUCCAAUAAUGAAUUUCUUGGACCGUGUGAUGUUGCCGUCUUUCUCUAUGACAGUUCAGAUGAAUACUCAUGGAAGAGAUCACAAGAACUGCUGGUGGAUGUUGCUAGGCAAGGAGAAGAAAGUGGCUAUGGUGUACCUUUUCUCCUUGUUUCUACUAAGACUGACCUGAAUCCAUAUCCAGUUGCAAUCCAAGAUUCCAUGAGGGUUUGUCUGAAAUUGGGAAUAGACGCACCUAUAUCUGUGAGUGUGAAGUCGGGUAAUUUGAACAACAUAUUCAAUAGAAUUGUAGAUGUAGCUGUGCGUCCUCACUUGAAUAUCCCCGAAACUGAGAUGGGGAGGAGCCGGAAGCACUAUCAACAGCUUGUUAGCCGCUCUCUUAUGUGUAUCUCAGUUGGGGCUGCUGCUGCUGCUAUGGUUGGAAUUGCAAUUUAUCGUGUCUAUGCAGCGAGGAGAAAUACUUCGAAUUAGGUAUUGGGAGUUGGUUCUCUAUCAACUGCUGCAGCUGUUUACUGCAGCAACUAUAAAUGGAUGGUUGGUUGUCUUUUGAUUUGCCCAUUCUCUGUGCAGUUACCCAAUUGGGCAUUUUUGAAACAGUUCUGCGUAGCAACACUGGCAAUCUUUUUUCUGUGGGUAUGCUAUCGUCGAUAGUUUCAUAUUCUCAAGUUCACAGUGAUUGUUAUGUUAAAAACUUGUGGACCUUUGAAUAUUGUAAGUAAUAUUCCAAUGUUCUGUUGAUAUGUAGUGACUAGUUAGAGACCCAUCGCGGUGGGGUUGAACAAUAUUUUUAUUUUCUGUUGGAUCAAAGUAGAACACGGAAUGGGUUAAGUCCAUCCCUACAA